AUGGAGAGCUAUAAGCCAAAGCCUAAGGGAUCAGAACCAUACUUGGAAGAACCAGAUGUUUCCCGGAAUGAUUUUGUCAGUGCACCCUUCCACUCGCUCAAUCAACAAACAUAUCUUGUCAGCAAGCUGAAAGUCCUGAGGCUGCGUAGAGGCAGAAUUGCCACUGAGGACCUUCAGACACUGGGAGACACUAUUGAAAGGAUAUGUGAACUUGAAAAGCUGAGUUUAUACUGGAACAGCAAAGUGGGGAGGGGGCAGUUGCCUCAGGUUCUCCUCACAUUCCAAAAAGGGAGCAAGAUUCGAACACCUGAACUUGCAGACUGUGCCCUUACAUCACAGGAUGGAGUGUUUGUGGGCCACCUGCUACAGAAGCUGCCAAGCCUUGAAGUAUUCGACCUGUUUAACAGAGACAUUGGCAGCAGUCUAGACAUCGCAGCACAAGGAUAAAAAAGUACUUCAGGCCUGAAGGUAUUGCAGUUACAUUCCUGUGGCCUAUCCAAGAAGAGUGUUAGAAUACUGGAUGAUGCCCUUGCAACCUUGGCUUUGCUGAGGACACUGGGUCGCUCCUGCAACAAGGACCUGGGUGGAGGCUCUGAGGAUGCUCGGCGGGCCUUACUGACGCAUCAGGAAGUCAAGCCCCUCUACCAGUGCUCACUCACAGCAGAUGAUGUGAUGUCAUUGAGGAAGUAUGCCCUGCGGGGGCCGAACCUGAGGUCUGUUUCUUUAAAGAACUUUGUGACCCUCAGAUAG